CAGGAGUGCACCACGUAAUGGCGGAAGUGUUUCCGAGAAAGUAAAAAGAUUGUGAAACCUCCGGGAAAAUUGAUGCCAAAGGACGCAAAAUACGUGAAUAAUUUUUAGUAAGUGUGUUUACAAAGGCGAUAAUGAAUUUCUUCACUUCGGAGGACCUAGAUUUUCAGCGAUAUUGCAUUGCAACGUAUGGAUCAAUCGAGAAUUUAAUUGACAAAGCCAAGAAAGGCGAAAUUGUCGCCCAAGCACAUCUGGGUUGCGCUUACUCGGACGGUUUUGGCGAUCUCUUGCCGCAAGAUAACGACAAAGCGAUUGGAUGGCUUAGCACUGCUGUAGAAAACGGUUAUGAAUCUCCUGAGAUCCUUGGAAAACUUGGGGGACUACUGGAUUGGAAAGGAACGGUAGUAUGCCGGCGAAAAGCGUACGAGAUGUACCAUAGAGCUGCCAGACUGGGUAACACAAGCUCACAGAUAAAUCUUGCAGAAAUGUAUCGUCUUGGAGUUGAAGGAGUCGUGAGCGAAGACCUCAAGGAAUCUUUUAAAUGGCUUAAAAAAGCGGCUGAUGAAGAUUUAUCUGAAAGUGAAGUUAGAAGAGAUUUGUUCGGUAACACGUUAAGACGAAUGCAAAACGCUAUUGGUGGUGAAAAACAAACGGCUCUGAAACUUUUGUACCUCAACUACGUCGCUGGUGAUUGUCCGGAAGGUCAACCACAACCAACUAAAGCUGUUCAUUAUUUGACCAGAGCGGCUGAACAGGGUGAUACCGAGGCACAGGUUAUCCUCGGAGAGAUCUACUUGACUGGAGGUUGCGAGCAGUUGAUAGAUUUGCCAAGAGCGAGAAGAUGGCUCAAUAAAGCAUCUGACAAGGGCGAUUUAAGGGCGAAAGAGGUGAAUUAUUUAACAGUUAAUGAAUGAGGCUGAGUAUCUUAUUAAGAAUUAUGGAGAUGGAGGAGGGUGUUAUGGAUAACACCCUCCGAGAUCUCCAUAAUUCUUCAUAUGAUAUGAAAGCCAAAUUCAAUAAAUGUUUUAUUAUUUAUUACUUAUUCCUAGUUUAAAAACAUGGCUAAAACAUGCUUGCCUCCAUCGAUCCAUUGAUGAUAAGUUCAUCUUUGGUAGUGCAUGUUUAGGGUUGUUCAGCUCCACAAAUAUUCUCCAAAUAGCAGAUGUCGCCCUUCGAGUUGUCCUCUUGCUGUUCUUGCCAUGUCUUUAGCUAUGUUUCGCCUACUUCUUACUCUUGAAAUGAGUGAAAUGUCUGCCAUUUUUCAAGUUCACAACCAAAACAACUCAACCUGGUCCCCAGGUCUUCUCGGUUAACGGAGUAUUAACCUGCAAGAACGCUGCAUUUUUGACGUCAUUUCCUUCCUAAAAACAAAAUUCUUCCAAAUUUGGUCAUCAGUAACUGGUUAUGGUGAAUUAAACGUGUGCUUUAAGCCAAUCAGAAUCAGGGAAAUAUUUUGAAUGAAUAAUACCGUAAAAUUCCGAAAAUAAGCCCCUCCAUGUAAUAGCCCCUCCAAAUAAUUCUAAGCCCCCCAAACUCGUAAUGCAAAAAAACCCGCCAUUAAAUUGCCCCUCCAAAAUCCCCCCGGGUGGCUUGUACUCGGAAAUUGCCCUCAAAUACAAAGUCAAACAAGGCAAAAACGGUAAAUUUCCUUCCAUUAUUUAUAAGGCAAGCCCAAUCGAUUUCGAAACGCAAAUUUCCUUCCGUAGAUAAGCCCUUCCUAAUAUAAGCCCCUCAAAAAAAAUAUAAGCCCCAGGGCUUAUUUUCGGAUUUUUACGGUAAUUGUUCUUAUUUCAUCAGUCCUUUGUUCACAAGACUUGCUAUCUUUAUACUUUAUUUAACCCAUUCGUUCCUGGAGAUUUUGCCGAAAAACACGUUUUGAAGCUAGUCGAGUGGUUUUCUGGUCUUUGUCGUGCUAUAAAGAGCUAAAACUUACCACAAACCUGUUUACAGGUCGUACACUUCGCGGCCUUCUGAUCCAGAUGCAAAAUAUCAGCUUGCGAAGUUCGGGCAUGCGCAGAAAGCAAAAUUUUUUUUUUUACUUUUUGCUUUCUCUCCUCCCUUCUUUUUUCGCUCUUCUUGCCUCAUUUUUUUUUUCUCUUGCUGGGCAUUUAGUAGGCUUCAUUUUGGUGGGAAGAGUUUUUAGGAAAGCUUUUAGGAUCUUGGGAUUAGGUGAAAGGAAAGGUAGGUGGGUAAUGGAACAAGAUUUUCAUGGAGAUUUUCAGGUCAAUGUCACGUGGUUUUUUGCUUGUUUCUCUGGUGUCCUUGACUAAAUUGUGCUCAUUCUGGUAUGGUUUGAAAGAUCUCUUCACUCUGCACAAGUUAGCGACAAAAGUUGUCCUUGACCGUUAAAACUGAUGACGUCACAAUGGGUAGAAAGGACCUGGAUCCGCACCGGUGGUUACGGGCGGUUCAGGGGCGAAUGGGUUAAUCAAAAAACCUAAAAAUGGCCUUUUACCAACUUUUUCACCUGAUUCUACAUGAAAUAGACAGAUUUGGUUGUUUUAUGCUGAAAAGUGGAUUUUUUUCAAAAAGCUUGGUACUUUGCUUAACCCAUUCGCUCCUGGAGAUUUUGCCGAAAAACGCGUUUUGAAGCUAGUCGAGUGGUUUUCUAGUCUUUGUCGUGCUAUAAAGAGCUAAAACUUACCACAAACCGGUUUACAGGUCGUACACUUCGCGGCCUUCUGAUCCAGAUGCAAAAUAUCAGACUAAAUUGUGCUCAUUCUGUUAUGGUUUGAAAGAUCUCUUCACUCUGCUCAAGUUAGCGACGAAAGUUGUCCUUGACCGUUAAAACUGAUGACGUCACAAUGGGUAGAAAGAACCUGGAUCCGCACGGGCAGUUACGGGCGGUUCAGGGGCAAAUGGGUUAACACGGAUAUUACUCUUAGCUAUUGGCUAGUUUACAGGUAAUCCACAGCCCUAAUUAUAUUCCAAAAAUUUAAAAUUUAAAUUCCAAAAAAAAAUUGUAUUAUAAAAAUUUAAAAUUCAGAACUAAAAAUAUACAAUAAUUCAUCAUCUGAAAACUGUAAAAGCUAAGAAUUGAUUAAAACAACAAAGAAACAAGCAGCAAUUACUAUAAAUCCCGAUUUCAGUCAAAACUUAAGCAAUCGAAUUUUGUUCUUCACUUCAUUAGUGCCUGCUUUAAUUCUAAUGUCAUUUGCUAGCUCAUUCCAUUUCUUAGCAGCAAAAUAUCUCCAAGAUUUGAAACCGUAUUUAGUCAUGUUAACUUUCGGUAAUGAAAGGAUAUAAUCAUGUCAAAGACUAUACUUUGAUGAGCAUACAUGUAAGGUGAUAAGAUCUCUAAUUGCGGGUGGAGCUUUGUCCGAUAUACUGUUGUUUAUUGUCAAUAGCAUGUCUUGGAUUCUUCGAGUUUCCAAUGAUGGGAGUCUCAUUCGUUCCAAGAGAUCUUGAUAAGAUGCACUUUUAUCAUUGAAGAUGUACCUCAAAGCCCUUUCGUUGACUUUCUCAAUUUUAGCAGUGUUUCUUUUUCGGCAGUGGUGCCAGAUUUGGUUACAAUAGUUAAAAUACGGCAGUAUAAAUGCGCAAUAAAGCGAUUCCUUGGUUUUAAGUGGCAAAGUGUUCUUCAAUCUGUUCAGAGCACUUAUCUGAGAACUUACUUUGCCACAAAUACUUGAAAUACCUUAACCUGGCAAGCAGUGGUUUCUCCAGGCAGUAGGGAGUCUGAGAAACCACUGCAACCAACCGUCUGCUUUUCCAUCAAGCAUACUUCCCUAUGAGAGGCUAAUGGGGAUGUGCUGCUGGAUGGGGUUGUAUUUUCACGACUGGAUUGACUAUAUUGGGGUGCAUAUUUUCGGUAAGACACUUCUUCAUAUUUAAAAAAUGGGUCAGUUCGUUUUAGGAUGACCUAUUUAAGGAUUUAUAAUAAAGGUAGAUACAUAGAAAGUUGGGAUCGUGAAAAUUAUACAUUUGCCCAAAAGUGACUAAGAUGGGGUCUAUAAUUGGCCACAGAAUAGACUAUAAUAGGGGCUCUGAGAGGCCAGCAGCACAUACCCAGGAAAAAUAAAUUCACCUAAGAACCACCCCCCCUCCCUCCCAGAUUCAAGGAAGCAAAAUGUAGGUCCCAAGCAGGCACUUUUAGCGGAGCUUGUAUUUCGUCCUUUCCCACAAACAUCUGCUCAACCAAGAACAAUAUUCAUUUCUCAUUGUUUUUGUUUACUCAGUAAGUAACCAAUCAACAGUUUUGAAAUUAAGUGUUGACAGGCUAAACAUGACUCAUAAGCUUGUGGUAGUGUAAAAUCAUGACCCUAGAGUUACCUUAUCCUUCUUUGCUUUCCUUCAAUAAGGUUAUGCAGUGCACGGGUAUUCUAAACUCUGACUAAAUCUUACUUUUGCUGCUCUAAAGUCUAAAGCUUUCCCAGUGUUUCAUGCAGAUCAAGUUAUUAUCAGGUUACCCUGCGGUCAAGGUCAACCUUGCAGAAUGUGGAAAGUACAGCAAUGGGAUUGGUUAAGCUUAGAAAAGCAGUGUGCAAAGAAAGUCACAUCCAAUAGCCUGUAGCUAGUGGGUUUUGCUAUUGGGCUAGUAAAUUCUGUUCUUAACUUGCCCGACUGGCAAGUUAAAUUUUUGGGGAAUUCAAAUUACAGCUGAAGAACUGUUAUCAAUCCUGCUCAUCAAAUUAUUUUUCACUCCAGUUAAAAUGACUCUUGGGCUAGUACAUGCUAACUACAGCUUGCCCGAAUGUCAAGCUGUAAAACUGACUGACUUUGCAUCCUGGAAAGGAAUGUUCUUCUCGGUUGAGCUAGCAGGCAUUUGUGGGGAAGGACAAAGAAAUCUGCUUGUGACGCCAAGCAAAUGGUUGCUCACAGUAGUUUCUCUCUCUUUGUUGUGUAGCAUCAGGCCUGGAGAAAUCACUGCUCACUACCAUCUUUUCACACUGGCUUUUAUUUAUUUACAGAUACACAGGGCAACAAACUGAAAUUUAUUUUUUAGAAAGGAUGUACGUUCAACCAACAAGUUGCCAUUUGACUUUUCGCAGAUUAACAACAGCCUACAGGACCCAAAUUAUGAGGAUGAAUAGGAGCUUAUGCACAUAGUUAUAGCCAUUAAAGUGUACAUACCUCACAAAAAGAUGUCUCUUUGUUGUUUUCUUCUGUUUCCUGUGGCACAAAAAAUGUCACUUUUAAUUAGCAAGUUUUGAUAUGUUGGUUUCACACCUACCAAAACUUGCUAAAAUGUUUGUAUAGGGCAGGAAACAGUAUAAAAAACAAUAGAGGGACAUCUUUUUAUGAGGUAUGUACACUUAAAUGGCUGUUUCUAUGCAUUUUACCCAUUUUAUUGAUCUUACAUGAAAUUCACAUACAAAUCCUUAUAAUUUGGCCAUUGUGAAUCUGGAUCCCCUUAAUGAUUAUACCUCCACCUGUGAACAGGAAGUUCGUGUUUUGAGUUUGGGUUGGGGAUGUAUUAUUUUAUUUAUUUAUUUAUUCAUAUAAUUAUUAUAUUUUAUAAGAUUACAGCAAAUUUACAUUCAAUUUGAGAAAAAAUUCAUACUGUGGAACCUUCAUUUAAGAAACCUCUAUAUAACAAAGUCCUUAGUAUAACAAACUACUUCCUUCAGCCUAGCCAAAAUUACAGUAAAAUGUUUGGAACAGAACCUCGCUUUAACAAACCUCGAUUUAAUGAAAUCCACAGUGAGUGGUGAGGAGACUCCAGAAAGCCUUGUUCAAGGGGGUCCCCAUGAUUUGGUCAUAAUGGAUUGAAAUAAUAUAGGACUAAGGGCAGCAGGAUAUAAUAGACUUAGUCAGUUUUUGUAAGAAAGAAAGUCAUGAAGAUAUUUUUUAAAAUUAGAAAAAGUGGUGGAACUUGAAACAGAUAAUGGAAGGGAAUUCCAAAUUUUUUCAAGACCCAAGUAUAAAACAAUAAACUGUUUAUAUUUGUUUGACCAAAGUGUGGUCUGCAAUUUAUUACAAUUCUGGUGAUGUGUGUACCUGGGCACCAGUUAUAAUAUAGGUUCAGAAAAGAAGAAGGCAGCAAAUGAUGAUGAUAGCAGAACAUAAAUUUAGCAACAUGUAACAUAGAAAUACCAAAAAUAUUUCUUAAAUCUUGAGUUUGGCAAAUAAUGAAGCAGUGUAAGAACCAUACUCUGAGUUAGAUAAAACAUGGAUGGCACUUUUUUGUAAGAGAGAAAUUUUUAAAAGCAGUGUAAAAUGGAGGGGGGAGGGUACAUUUUUUUGUGAUGGCAAGAAGGGAAGGGGGUACUAGUUUUAUAGAUACUUCCUUUCCCCUGCAAACUGCCAAACCUUCACGUGGCUGGAAUAACCAUGUAAAAUGGCAGUCCAGUAUGAGACGUAAAAAUAGUGUCCUCAAUCAGUACUUUUGUACUGUUACAUUGACACUCAAAUAGAUCCAAAUAAAGUGCAUUUAUUUUAUAAAGCGCAUUUUAUUUAAUUUUUGUUUCAUCCCAAUAGACAUCUUUGUUAUAAACACUCGAAUGCCUCUCAAACAAACUACAAAUUGACCUCAAUCAAAUAUUUUUUUCAACCCGUGUCUUUAGAGUGGAGCUAUCGGAGCAGCUGUUUUUGAAACUCUGUUGAAUUGAGUAUCACAAAGAAGCCAAUUUUAGCCACAGAGAAAGUUGUGUUUGAUCAUGACCAAGAUUAGUUUUUUUCAUGUCUCUGUCUUUGUAAUAUUAAGUGACAAGGUAUUCCAAUCAACCGGUGUGAGGAAAGGGCUUGGGCAGAUUUUACCACAGGACUCCAUUUAAACUGAUGGGGAAGGAGGGGAUGGGGUGACAGGGCAUGAGAGAAAAAAAAAGGAGGAUCUAUUUUCUAAUACCAUAUUUCCUCAAAUGAGCUCCUGGGUGGUUAUUCAAAAUUUUUGUUGCAAGGAGAAGCACUUAUUGGAAGGGGGGUGCUUAACCAAGGGAGUUGUUUAUUUAGGUUUCAAUGAAUUAUAACUUUAUUCUGUCUAAAUCUUUUAUCAGAAAACGAAAACUACAACAUUAUCCACAUGAACCUAAAGUCAAUAUUUAUGUCUUUCAUUUGUUAAAUCAGUUGUUGAUAAUCAAGCGUAUCAUACUCCCACAAUGCACUUUACACACAUGCAUUGGAAUGCAUGUUUAUGAAAAUAAUUAUUGAUUAUCUAUAGUAAUUAUCAUCGUCAAAGUUAAUGUUGAUUCUCUCAUCAGUAAAUUGGAAACAGAAACAGGUUUUCCUUGUGUCCCUACUAUUUUAAGAAAGUGAGGGGAGAGGGGAGGGGGCGCUUGUUCAAAAGGCAGGCUUGUUUGAUUAUAGGGAGGAGCUUAAGCUAAUGGAGACAUUUUGAGCGCUGUGCGUCUACCGGAAGUGAGGCCUUUUCCCUUUUAACAUGCUUGACAAUAACCAAAUUUGUAUUGCUAAGUGUAUUUACUCUUCUUCAGAUGAUUUGACUGGAGGUUUGGGCAAAAGCACUUCCUAAGAAUGCAGAAAGACUACUUCUUGUAAUUUGUUGACAUGCGUCACUUGAAAAGCUCUUUCCCAAAGCUCCCUUUAAGGUUUGCCUUUGUGGUUGGUGCUUACUUGUGGGAGGGUACCAGCUUUUUAGAGCAUAGGUGCUUAUAAAAGGAAUUAAAGAAAGACAAGGAGCUAUACUCAGGGACUCCCUCCUUGGUGGAUGGGUCUUUAUUUUUUAAGAUUUUCAUUGGAGACGGGAGGGGGCGGGACGGAAUUUUGUUGCAAAACAUGAUGCCAAACCCCCAGCUUCCCCCCCCGAACAGUCCCUUAUUUUAUUUAAUUUUUUUUUUUCAGUCAUACGUCACAUUGUCGUUUCAUUCAAGUACUAUAUAUGCUGAGUUUUGGUUCAAAAUUAUACUCAUUGGCAUUUGUUCAUGUUUAUCAGCUUUCUAUCAUACACUUAUGUGUAUGUUGUGGUUCAAUUUUAUCCCUGGUUUAAUUUUUUUUUUCCUUUGUGUUAAACUCAUUAUCAUACAUUACCAUACUCCAAAACAAAGGGAUAUAAUAUUUAAACCAAGGAUAAAAUUGAACCACAACAUGCACACUUAGUCUUUGAAAAAAAAAAAAAACAAUUUACAUAUGGAUUAAUUCUGUUGUUCUCCACGCCAAGCAUCUUGAUAAUGAUAAAGCUAAUUACUACUAUCGUUGUUUUCCAGCUUCUUCAGCAGUGCACACAGAGUAAAGACACACCUUGUGCAGCAUUAGAUCCCCAAGGAAAAGUUCUGGAGCAAUCCUUUAGCAUGUGGAGUGAAAAAAUGCUUCAGAGAUUGGAAGCAAAUUUGCAUCCGCUUAUCGUUAGACAACCAGUCGCCUUCUCAGAGGAAAUGCUCAGCCCGUUUGCAGAAAGGUCCCCAACAGCACAAAUCUAUCUUCAAGCUUUCAAGCUGGUGAAACAAGGCUUUGAAGUUCUCUACAAGAGUAACUUUGGCAAUGAAAGAGGAAUUUCCCUAAUUGCUCAUGGUUUCUUGACUGAAAAUUCUAUUCUACAAGCGUUUCCCUUGAAUGACGAUUUUUUCCGUCGGGUAUUUGAACUUUGUGAGAAGUGCUUAAAAAAGAAUCCUCAAUUUUACGAAGGGCUCCUUCUAUCAUACGCUUUGCAUCAUUCUGGGCGACACGUUUCUGAGAAGAGCGCCAGAGCGGAUGUUAAGAAAGUCACGUGCUUAAACAACUUGAUUUAUUUCAUAGAAAAUGCUGAAAGAAACAUGCCUACUCCUGAAGAUCCUUUUAAGUUUGAUGAGAACUACAGCAGCUGGCUUCAUGUUUUGUAUUCUCACUUAGGAUCAUUCCAUACUGUCGGAGAAGCCAAUGAACUGGCAGCCGAAGCUCUUGAAAAUUCUCUUAGGUGCUGCCCGCAUUACUAUGACUCUAAAAGGCUUCUUGGGUAUUCUUUUCUGAUGCAGUAUUUAUCUAGAAUAAACGUUGAAAUUACAAUUGCUCCCGGAAGCCAAGAUCCAUCAACGCCUAGUCGUGAAGACAGAGCUUUUGAUAAUAGAAAAAUUUUCAAGUAUGCAUCUUGGACCACUGAAGCAUUAAAAGAUGCUGCGGUGGACAUAUUGAUGGAAUAUCUAGCUGAGGCCCCACCUUGCUGCAAGAGAUACCCUAAUGCAUAUUAUUAUCUUGCAAGUAUUGCUUUCAGCAUAGAAAACAAAGAGGACGGAAUGAAAUAUUAUGAACUAGCACAAGAUGCUGAAGAAAAUAGACUUCCUUUCUUCGAACCUGUCAACAUCCCAUUGAAAGAUAGCGCGUCUCUUUGCUACCAGCUAUGUACCAAUCUCCCAACCACCAAGUGUGGCAAUAAGGCUUGCACACGGAAUGUAAAGAAAAAGGAAUUGAAGUUGUGCUCCUGGUGUAGAAAAAAAAGUUACUGCAGCAAGUGA